AUCCACCACGUGUGAGGUUCUAAUUCGUCAAACUACAUAUACAAGAGAACCUUCGUCAUCGUUCAAUUCUAUUUUCCAUCUUCAACUUCAUCGUCCUUCUCUGCAUAUUCCUUCGCACCUUCUUUCACCUUCGUGUGUAUGUAUGUAUGCACCUUGAUUUUCACACAUACAUACAUACACACAUAAUCUUCUAACCGUUUUUCGUUAAUUUCUCUCUGCAUUUUGUUGAAUCCCUAACUAUUUGCGAUUCAAUUCAAUUCAAGUUUUGAUAAUCAUGGACGGUUUAGUCAACGGCGUUAACGGUGUAGUUGAACACGUUGAGAAGCUCAUUAUUGAUACUGACCCUGGGAUCGAUGAUAGUAUGGCGAUUAUGAUGGCAUUUCGUUGUCCUGAGGUGGAGGUGGUGGGUUUGACAACGGUUUUUGGUAAUGCGCAGACCGAAGAUGCCACACGUAAUGCAUUGCUUUUGUGUGAGAUUGCAGGCCGUCAAGAUCUUCCUGUUGCAGAGGGAAGCGUUGAGCCAUUGAAGGGUGGUAGGCCCCGUGUUGCCGAUUUUGUUCAUGGUAAAGAUGGAUUAGGGAACAUAUUCUUACCUGAUCCUAAAGCUAAUAAAAUUGACAAAAGUGCUAGUGAGUUUUUAGUGGAGAAGGUAUCUGAAAGUCCCGGUGAAGUAACUGUGCUAGCACUUGGACCACUUACAAACAUAGCUCUAGCAAUCAAAAGAGAUUCAUCUUUUGCAAGCAAGGUGAAGAGAAUAGUUGUACUUGGUGGUGCAUUCUUUGCCUUGGGAAAUGUCAAUCCAGCUGCAGAAGCAAAUAUAUAUGGAGACCCAGAAGCAGCAGAUAUUGUGUUUACUUCUGGGGCAGAUGUUGUUGUUGUUGGCAUUAACAUCACAACCCAAGUGCAACUUACAGAUGCUGAUCUCCUUGAACUGAAGGAAUCAAAAGGAAAGCAUGCAUCUCUUUUAAGUGACAUGUGCAAAUUCUAUAGGGAUUGGCAUGUAAAAUCCGAUGGUGUCUAUGGAAUAUUCCUACACGACCCUGUUAGUUUUGUGGCAGUUGUGCGUCCAGAUCUUUUCACAUACAAGAAAGGAGUAGUGAGGGUAGAGACACAAGGCCUCUGUGUUGGACAUACACUUCUAGACCAAGGACUAAAAAGAUGGAAUACGAGCAACCCAUGGACGGGUUAUUCGCCAAUUUCAGUAGCUUGGACUGUAAAUGUUGAUGGGGUUCUUAGUUACAUUAAGGAGUUGUUGAUGAAACCCUGAAGAAUAGGCAUUUGUACAUGUCAAAGCUUUGGAAAAAGUUAUGUAUAAGUUUAUUCAAUUUAUUUCACUAAUUGUCAGUUAGAACUUUGGGUAUCAAGGGCUCAUAGUAGUUCCCCUCAUCUUCAGGGCGAUGGGUCCUUGUCCCUUUCAAUAUUAGAAGUUCAUGUACCAAUAAAAUUCUCUUUACAAGUUUUGCAA